AUUUUCUGUUAACCCUCGUAGCCAAAACUCUAUCCUCAGCGACCCCACCUCUCUCUCUCUCUCCUUUAUGUCUAAAACCUCUGCACAGAAAAAGUGAGGGCUGAGAGAAGCCAUGGAGAGGCUUUUAUGCUCUUCUUCACCCGCUCUCAGAUUCCACCUUAAACCCACUCCAUUUCUUCCUUCACUGCCACGAUUUCACUCGCCUAAACUUGGGUUACCCUCUCUAUCACGCCCCGACUUCAGGCGACUCAACUUGGUCUCCUGCAACCAUGAGAACCCAUCAACCCCUUCAAUUGAACUGCCUGCUCUAUCUCUUCCCCUGGUUCACUCGCCAACUGGGUCAACUUUAAAAUCCCAUUUUCCCCAACAGGUCGCAAAUGGAUCUCCUGUGCAACAAAAGGCAGUUAAUCUUGGGACUUUUAUAGUACUGUCAUCUGUCAUCAUAUUUUUAAUCCACCCAGUUUUUGCUUCACCAGCUUUUGCAACCUUCCAAACUGCUGCCAAGACUCGGGGGCCUGCUGGUGCUGGUGCUGCUGCAGUAGGGGCAAAACUUUUGCAUACUGAAUUAUUAAGUAGUGCUUGGACUGGUUUCUUUGCUGGUUGCUUACAUACACUGUCAGGACCAGACCAUCUUGCUGCUUUGGCACCACUAUCAAUUGGUCGUUCUUGGGUGGAAAGUGCUGUUGUUGGAGCUCUUUGGGGCUGUGGCCAUGAUGCUGGUCAGGUUAUAUUUGGCUUGCUGUUUCUAUUGCUUAAGGAUCGUCUCCACAUUGAGAUUAUCAGAACUUGGGGCACAAGAGUAGUUGGUUUUACACUACUUGUUAUUGGUGCUAUGGGAAUCAGGGAAGCUUCAGAGGUCUCAACCCCAUGUGUUGCCCUUGAAAAUGGUGAAUGUGAUGUUACUGUUUAUGAAUCACUAGAAAUCCCAACGCUGGGGAAAAAGAAAAUAGGUUUUGCUACUUUUGCCACUGGUAUUGUUCAUGGGUUGCAACCAGAUGCAUUGAUGAUGGUCUUGCCUGCACUUGCAUUGCCUUCACGAUUGGCUGGUGCUGCAUUUCUCAUCAUGUUCCUAUUAGGGACUGUUGUUGCCAUGGGAAGCUACACUGUAUUUAUAGGCUCAUGUAGUCAGGCAUUAAAGGAUAAAGUACCGAGAAUUACUGAAAAACUCACUUGGAUUUCUUCUCUCAUAGCAAUAGCUCUUGGCCUGGCCAUUAUUAUUAGUCAGUUUUUUGGAUUUAGCUUGUAUUAGUCCAUCUAAAACAGGCACCGUGAUUCAUAUUAGCCAGCUACCAUUUAAGUGUUAGAGAAAGAUCUUUAGGAAGGAAUAGUCAAUUUAUUUUCAGCCAAAAGAGAGAAAAAUCUGCUUAGCUUCUUAUCUCAGUGAGAAACAUCAUUUUUACUCUCUUAGUCUGCUUGAGAUUGUAAUUGUUGAUAUACAGGUGAAGCCUCUAUCUUUAAGAAGUCCUUGUAGUUGAACAAUUUGCUGUUAUUCAUACGCCUAAAGUUGAAUUAUUUGAUGCAA